AUGGAAGGUUACAGGAAUGCUUCUAAACACAUAGCAGUGUUGGCUUUCCCCUUCGGCACCCAUGCUGUCCCUCUUCUCAACCUCAUCCAUCAGCUGUCAGACGCCUGCCCCAACACCAUGUUUUCCUUCCUUAGCACCCAACAAUCUAACAACUCAACUUUUCGCAAAAAUCUUGAUAAAAUUAAGCCUUUUAAUGUAUGGGAUGGAUUACCUGUGGGGUAUAGUUUUUGGGGAAAUCCUCACGAGCCUGUCGACUAUUUCCUUAAGGCGGUACCUGCAAAUUUUAUGAAGGCUAUAGAUGCCGUUGUGUUUGAAACUGGUAAACCAUUUGAUUGUUUGAUAACAGAUGCAUUUUAUGCAUUUGGGGCUGAUAUCGCGGAUGAGCUUAACAUCCCUUGGGUGGCUCUUUGGACUGCUAGUCCCAGGGCACUCUUCGUUCAUCUCGACUCCGAUAUUAUUCGUCACCAUGUAAGAAUUAACGGUCCUAAAGACAAACCACUUGAUUUUCUUCCCGAUUUUUCUAGCAUACGUAUUGCUGACUUACCCAAUGGAUUAACCUCCGGAGACAUUGACGCCCCCAUGCCGGCAUUGUUGCAUAAAAUGGGAGUGUCACUGUCACGCGCCACGGCAAUUGCCACAAAUUCAUACGAAGACUUGGAUAAUACAGUGGUGAACAUGCUGAAAUUAAGAUUCAGUACGUUCCUCAACGUUGGUCCCUUCAAUCUGGUAUCAGUUUCCAGUUCCACAGUGGAUGACUCGCAUGGGACCUUAGAUUGGAUGAGCAAGCAUGAGGCAGCAUCGGUGGUAUACAUCAGCUUUGGAAGCGUGAUAACCCCACCACCCCAUGAGCUACAAGCAUUAUGUGAAGCCCUGGAGGAAUGUGAGUUUCCAUAUCUUUGGUCUUUGAGGGGAAAUCCUGAGAAACAGCUCCCACUAGGAUUCCUGGAAAGAACCAGCUCCAAAGGAAAGAUAGUUCCAUGGGCUCCUCAGCAGAAAAUAUUGGAACAUCCAUCAGUUGGGGUUUUUGUAAGUCAUGGUGGAUGGAAUUCAGUCCUGGAAAGUAUUAAUGGAUGUGUGCCUAUGAUCUGCAGGCCAUUUUUUGGAGACCAACAAUUGAACACUCGUACUGUGGAGGUUGUAUGGGGAUUUGGGUUCGGGUUAGAAGGUGGAACAUUGACAAAAAAAGGAGCAAAGAAAGCAUUGAAGUUGAUAUUGUGCAGCCAAGAAGGGAAGAAAAUAAGAGAGAAAAUUAGAGUUCAAAAAGAGCUGGCUUGCAAGGCUGUUAGACCCAAUGGUAGCUCUAAUGAAAAUUUCAAAACACUGGUGAAACUUGUCUCUUAA